AUGAAUCAGCAGCACUCCAAAUCAGAGAAUAGACCACAACAGCAAAGGAAAAAGUUCGAAGGCCCUAAAAGAGAGGCUAUCCUAGAUCUGGCUAAGUACAAAGAUUCCAAAAUACGUGUUAAACUAAUGGGUGGAAAACUAGUCAUAGGUGUCCUGAAAGGUUACGAUCAAUUGAUGAAUUUGGUUCUUGACGAAACCGUGGAAUACAUGUCUAGUCCUGAUGACGAUAAUAACACUGAACUGACCUCUAAAAACGCAAGAAACCUUGGGUUGACUGUCAUAAGAGGGACCAUUCUGGUCUCUUUGAGUUCCGCCGAAGGUUCCGAUGUACUUUAUAUGCAAAACUAG